AUGAUCGAUGCUAUGGAGCAUAAUUUGUCGACGAGGCCCGAGGCGGUGGCUAUAGGUAAGUUUUUGAUAACUAGUCCUCGCUGGGGUGGCACACCAUGGACAAUUGUGGGUGCUGAGGCUUUGGCAGCCGGCGGAUUGGGCCGCGGCUGGGCCGAGGGACAGGGUGGCGAUAUUAUUGCACCUGCCGGCGACGAAAUAACAAAUGAUGCUUUGUGGGCGGGGAUCAGAAAGUGUGUUGACGUGCCUGCUCGUGUCUUGCCGGACGUUGACGCGAUUGAUGCUGGCUAUAGCUUCGCUCUCAGCUUUUUGUGCGGGUUUGACUACUAUGACGCCGGCGCGAAUUGGGCUCCUGACCCAGCGCACCCCUUGUUGGGUACGCUUGGUCCAAGAACCACUUACGACUUCCCCCGCCUCAAUGUCUCCUAUAGCGUGUUGCCUAGCACGUCUCCAGUUGAAUCGGCAAUCGUGGCUGCAGCUUCUGCUUUGACCUCAAUGCGUAUGGAUACUAUUAGUGUUGAGGACAAUGUGUCGCUGCUAAGGUUGAUUAUGGGUGGCGUUAUCCUGCCUGGUUUGAUGUUAUGUUCUAGUAUGGGUGCUAUGCAGUUAAGGUUUGGCGAAUAUUCUUCGAGCGCGUUGGUUCGUUGUAUUCCUGAUCAAGUCGACGACCGUGCUGCUAUGGUGAAUGCAUUUUCUGAGGUCAUCAGACAUAAUGACUAUAUGGGUUUGAGCAUCUCCCAUGUAGACGGUUAA